CUCCGAAUGGUUGCUGAAAAUGAACGCAUCGCAGUCAAAGAACAAUACGUUAUCUACAACUCGGGACAGCUACUUAACUGCAAGGGAAGGAUCAUCAGCUGGUAGCAUCCGAAGCAGCAGUGGAAGUUCUGGAGUAUUCCUCUCUAACAGAGGACCUGCGGUGCUCCGGCAAGGCGAUGACAGCACGGUCCAUUCUAUGAUGACUCCGGCAGAAAAGCUAUCCCAGUGUGACAGCAGAGCGCAAGCACUCGCUGACACUAAACAGUCUGAUGCCUGCAUUCAAGACCUUGUGCGCUGCCUGGCCCUUACCAGGCUUGUGUAUGGAGAUGAGCCUCUGAGACUGGCCCAAGCACAUGUCAGGUUGGCCAAAGCUUACCUACAGUUCAAAGGUUGGGCAGCACAGGCCCAUAGCCACGCCUCCAGAGCCUGGGAUCUGCUGUCAGACUCUUCUCUGAGUUCCAGCCAACCAGAGCAGAGAGUCAGUGUUCUGGCAUGUCUCCUCAGCAUACAUCAAACACUGGGAGCUGCGGCCUUGCUUUUGAGCAAUCCAGGAGAGGCAGAAUCUUGCUUUGUCAGUGCUAAAAGACUCCUUCGAGACCUGGAAGAGCUGAAAGGCAUUACUCAAGCAGAAAGGAUGGAUGCUGACUUUGGAAUUUUGACAAACUUAUCCAGGGUGUAUCAUCGGCAGGGUCGUCCAGAGGAAGCACUAAGGCAGUGUGAAAAAGCUUUGGAGCUGCUGCAGGGAGGUGGAGAGCCAGGCCAGACCUGCGCUGUUUACAGGGAGAUGGCUGCCAUUGAACAGGCACAGGGGCAUCUGGAUAGAGCUAUAGAGUGCCUCCUGCAGGCUCAUUCCAUUGCUCUGAGUCAGGAUGCAGGGGGUCUAGAGGGGGCCCAUAUCGCUCACAGCUUGGCUUUGGCCUACUCCACUGCAGCAGAGCCCCACCACACUGUAGAUUCAGCAGUGCAUUACUUUGAAGAGAGUGUAAAUGCCUACAGAAACGCUCUGGGCCCAGAAGAUGCACAGACACUCUCUGUGCAAGAUGACUACAGUCGCUUCCUCCUGCUAAACGGACAGCACGAGAGGGUAGUUGAGAUCCAGAGAGAGUCACUGGCCCUGAAAAGGAAGACAUUUGGGGACCUCAGUGCUGAGUUGGCUGAUACUCUCCAGCUGAUUGGUGGAGUUGAGAUGACUCAGGGUCAAAUGAGACAAGCUUACAGAACGAUGAAGAAGUGCCUUGACAUCCAUAACGUGCUGUAUGGUCCUCAACACAAGAAGACCAGAGAGACCCAGAGAACAGUGAAUAUGUUAUCUCAGGCUCCACAAGUUGGCUGGAGACAGAGGAGGGAGGGUGAUAUGAAAACAAGACCUCCAUUCUGUUCAGUUGUACCUUCUCGUACAGCAGGGGACUGUGCCAGCCAGUCUGACUCUUAG